AUGCCCGAUAUCGAGUCUGCAAAGACGCGGCGGAGUCUGCUUCAGCCACAUCUGUCCGACAGGUCGGUCAAGCAAAUCCAACCCGUCCUAGAGCAGUCCAUCAACCAAUUCUCGCGGAUACUACAGAAUGCUAGUGGUUAUAAACCUGGCGUGGACCUUUCCUUGGGCUACCGCUCCGUUACGAUUGAUAUGCUGUUGCGGUACGGCUUUGGAAAGUCCCUCAAAAGUCUGGAUGCUGGCAGUUUUAAUUGCGAGAUGGCUGAAGAUAUGGAUGAUGUUCUCUUCGGCUCUCUAAUCGCCAAACACUUUCCCAAUAUGGGAAAAGCUGUGUUCGAGCUGCUCCUCCAGUUGCCUCUAGCAAUCGCCAAAAUGGUCAAAGUCUCAUCGAUCCUCGAGAUGAGAAAAGCUGUCGUGCUCCUUUUUGCAGGGGGUGAAGCAACCGCAAUAUCGGUAAUUAUCGGCACUUUCCAUCUACUUAGCGAUCCCGAACGCCUACAUACAUUGAAACAAGAACUCCUGUCAGCGAUGCCAGAUGGACAGAGCCUUGCCCUCAGUGAGCUAGAAAGGCUCCCUUACCUCACAAUCGUAUCUUCAAGCCACUACGUGUAUCACUUCGACCCCCAGAUUUUCGACGACCCCUUUGCAUUCAAGCCAGAGCGUUGGUUAGACGAGAAUAAUGCACAGCACUUGGAUAAAUAUAUGCUCUCGUUCUCUCGGGGAUCCAGAGGAUGCAUUGGUAUCAAGUAA